CCGCCCCAACCAAGCUGAUCCAAGCUGCCCUCCUGCAUCGUGCCCCGCCGCCUUCUCUGACCAGCUAGCCACCCCCCUACCCUACGUCCGUCCCGUCCCUUGCGCUUCGUGCAGCAAGCCACACGGAUCAUCAGGGAUAAGACACCUGGAAGCGACGACUCGCGGCACUCCAAUCGGGGGUACGCGUGGUGUGUCCAUCAGGGAAACGCAGGCGAACCAUCCUGAGCGAAAGCGCCGACACGAUGUGCGGAUCUGCUGGAUGAGCCUUGAUCACGUGGCUAUCUACGAUUGACUUGAGUGUGCGCUAGACGCCGCUGCUGAACGCCAGUGACCGCAAGGGCGACCGAGACCACGUCACGCACGUCUCGUGAGGCCCGGCCAUCAAUCCGUAGCGCCAAACGCGCCGACAUUGUCUCUCAUCCAACGGACGCCCUCGACCUCGCCCGCCUUGCUUCGCGACCGACCCUGCCUGUUGCGCCUCUGGUUCUUUGUGCCACUCUCCCCACCUUCCCUGCCGCCGGCGAUGCGACUAGUCUCGCAGUCGUCGCAGUCGCUGCAACACGGCGUGCGACGCCAGCUCUUCAACGACGCUGUCGCUAGCCCCACCCAUCGCCAGCCGUCGUCGUGCCUCGCCGCCCUCCGCCCUCUCUCCGCCGGCCUAUCUCCCGGCCAUCAUCGCCAGCAGCGCGCCAUUGCUCGCCUCGUUCCCGGGGCGCAGCUGGCUCAUCACGUGUGUCCUGCGGAAGCCGCAACCCACCGCGCGCGCUGCUCGACGGGACCAGUCCGGGCGGCAGUCGACGCGUGUGCGGGUGCGCUCCGCUCUUGGCCCUCCCUUGCGCCGUGCGGGGCGGCGGACGUGGAUGGCGCCUUGCGCGCGGGCCGCGGGACCACGGCGUGGCGUGGAGCGUGCACCCGCCGUCGACUCCGCAUACGGCGGCUACACUUCCCGCCGGCCCGCCUGCAGGCGGUGGCGGUGGAGCGGAGAGCGCCGGGCGCUGGGACGACUGAUAGCGGAGUGCACUGGCCGCUGGCGGGAGGGCGGAGCAGCGGGCUGGGUUCGGGUGCAGGGCGAAGAGCGCGGUGGGAUGGCGGGGCGAGCAGCGGGCGGAGCGGAAAGCGCGGCGAGCGACUGCCGUUCCUGUCGCCGCCUCGAGACGACGACGCGAGGGCUGGCGACUGUGCUGACCUUCGCAAGCAGAUCGUUCAGUCGGCGCCGCGUGCGACGGUGGACGAGCUGGCGUCGGCCUCAGAGAUGGCGCGGCUCUCAGCGCUGGUGUACCAUCGCGACCCCGCGCCGCACGUGAGCGCCUUGGGCUUGACGCUGCGCGCGUGCCAGCAGACGCCCUUCACGGCCUACAUGGUCGUCGACUCGCCACCCUGCCCGCGUGACGGCGGGCGCACGCGUUACGUGAUUGCGCGCGGGGUGGCGGUGGACCGGCGCGAGGUGCACGUGGGGCGGCUGUGGCGGCAGCUGCUGCAGGUGCGGCCGGUGCAGCUGGAGCGCGCGGCGACGCCCCCGGGCGUGGAGGUGGUGGUGCACGGGGGCGUGCUGGGCAUCGCGGAGGACGUGUACCGCGCGUUGCUGCCGCUGCUCGCCGCCGACCUCGGCCAGCAGGGCAUCACCCGCCUGAGAUUCGGAGGCCACUCGCUGGGCGGGUCGCUGGCGCUGCUGCUGAUGCUCAUGUUCCACCUGCGCGCGCCCAACAAGCGCGCCCACGCCUCCGCCCUCCACCUCUCCGCCCAUACCUUUGGCUCCUUCCCUGUCCUCGCCUCCCUCUCCUCCUCUUCCCCACCCUCCACCCCUCACAGCCUCUCCCACCAUUUCGCCCAUUCCUCGGGCGACCUCUCAGACCUCUUCACCCCUGCACACGCGCACGCCUCCUCCCCCCUGCUAAACCCUGCUGCUUGCCGUCUUCCCGCAGCUCACAGUUUUGCGCCGCACCUCCAUGCGCCCCCCCCUGGCCGCCUCCACUUCCCUCAUGCACCCCGGCACCUCCCCCUCUCACCGCCUUCCUCGCCCUUCAGCAGCAUUAGAAAGGCAGAGCGGUGCAGCGUGCUGGCGAGCGUGGGGCUGCCGUGUGACGCGGCGCGCGCCUUUGUGCUGGACCGCGACAUCAUCCCGCGCGCCUUCCACCUCGCCCACCCCCUCUGCUCCGCCCUCGCCCGCACGCCCCUCCUGCGCGCCCUGCUGGGCCUCCACCCCUCCCCGUGCGCGCCGCCCCUCUCCCCACAUGCCACCCACGCCCCCUGGGGCCCGCUCACCUUCCAACCAGUCGGGCUCGUCCACUACAUGCAGGCCAUGGAGUCGGAGUCGCUGGUGGCGAGCCUGCCGCCUGCGCUGGCGGAGAAGGCUCUGGCGAUGGGCGUAGGGGAGCUGGUGCGCGACCCGCUCAUGCUGGCGCGCUCCAUCCGCGACCACUGCUUCCACCACUACGUGCACUUCCUCGACGCCGCACUGCACGCCGCCCGCCAUGACACACAGGAGUGAUGUGUGUAAAUGAUGGACAUGGUGGGCCAUGAUGGGCUACCCUUCAAAGCGGGGCGGGGGUUUCAUGUGGGACUCUAAUUUAUGGCAACAUGGCCACAAAGAUGUGUACGGUAGGUACACGAUUCAUUGUGUCUACUCACAUAGGGUUCAACUUGUUAAAUCAUAUAUAUAUUUUAUAUAUGUUUGUUAGGCAUGGUAGGUGAGCGACAUUGCUGAAUCCUAUGUAGAGGGGACAACCCCCC